AUGCAUCUCGCGCAAGAUAUGACCAAGGCUAAUGACGCAACGGACUACGGCCAGAGUGUAGUCGAAGGAUUGAAAAAAGAAGAGAAGGUUGAGCAGGCGGUAGUGCGAAACUUGUCGGACGAACAGGACCAUGUUUUGAAGUCCUUUCGACUGCUGAUCGCAGAUUUGUGUCAGCAAUUCAAUGGUGGUCAUCCAGGGGGUGCAAUUGGUAUGGCCGCGAUAGGAGUGUCCCUCUGGAAGUAUGUCAUGCGCUAUGCGCCGCACACACCAACUUAUUUCAACCGCGAUCGUUUCGUUCUGUCGAACGGGCAUACCUGCUUGUUUCAGUACUCGUUCCUUCAUCUCACAGGAUACAAGGGUAUGACCUUGGACCAGCUGAAGUCAUACCACUCGGACCGCGUCGAUGCGUUGUGCCCCGGCCACCCAGAGAUUGAGCACGAGGGCAUCGAAGUGACAACAGGCCCUCUCGGACAAGGUGUUGCAAACGCUGUUGGACUGGCCAUGGCUACCAAGAAUUUGCAGGCGACCUACAACAAGCCAGACUUCGACAUCGUCUCGAACCACACAUGGUGUAUGAUUGGUGACGCAUGUCUGCAGGAAGGAGUAGCGCUGGAGGCCAUUUCCUUUGCUGGACAUCUCAAGUUAAGCAACCUGACCAUCAUAUACGAUAACAACCAGGUCACUUGCGACGGGAGUGUUGAUCUCACAAACACCGAGGAUGUCAAUGCAAAGAUGCGCGCAUGCGGGUGGGAUGUGAUCGACAUUGAGGAUGGUUGUUUUGACAUUGAAGGCAUCGUGGGCGCGCUCAACAAAGCUCGAGCAUCGACCGAUAAACCAACCUUCAUCAACGUGCGUACUGUUAUUGGAAUUGGCAGCGCCGUAGCUGGCGAUGCCGUUGCUCAUGGAGCCGCUUUCGGUGCUGCUGACGUUGCCAAUAUGAAGAAGCUGUAUAACUUCAACCCCGAAGAACACUUUGUAAUCAGCAACACAGUUCGCGAAUUCUUCGCAGACAUUCCUUCGAGGGGCCAGGAGUUGGUCGAGUCCUGGGAGAAGAAGCUGCAGGAGUAUGAAGCCAAGUAUCCCGAACUUGGUGCAGAAUUCCGGAGUCGAGUGGAAGGCCGCCUCCCGGAAGACUGGAAGGACUUGAUCCCCAGCUCGUUCCCUGCUCAACCCACAGCUACGAGGAAGUCUUCUGGUUUGGUCUUUAACCCGAUUGCGGAGAAGGUCAAAACCUUCAUGGUCGGCACUGCCGAUCUGUCUCCUUCGGUCAACAUGAUCUGGAAGGACAAAGUUGACUUCCAACAUCCCGACUUGAAGACAAACUGCGGUAUCACCGGCAACUACAGCGGCCGUUACAUCCACUAUGGUAUACGUGAACAUGCCAUGUGUGCGAUCUCUAACGGACUGGCUGCAUUCGCUCCCAACACGUUCAUCCCAACCACUUCGUCUUUCUUCAUGUUUUAUUUAUAUGCAGCACCAGCGGUUCGAAUGGGCGCUCUGCAGCACUUGCAAGUAAUACACGCGGCCACACACGACUCGAUUGGUAUGGGUGAGGACGGCCCAACCCAUCAGCCUAUUGAGCUGGCCAACCUUUACCGAGCGAUGCCAAAUCUGCUGUAUAUUCGGCCUGCAGACAGCGAGGAGACUGCUGGUGCGUGGAUCACAGCCAUUGAGGCCAAGAACACACCGACAAUCAUCUCGACAUCAAGGCACACGCUGCCACAGAUUUCGCAGACAAGGCGUGACCUGGUAGCUAAGGGCGCCUACGUCAUCGAAGAAGUUGACGAUGCAGACGUGACGCUGAUUGGCGUGGGUGCUGAGCUGAGCCAUGCUCUCGACACAGCAAAAGAACUGAAGGCAAAAAACAUCAAAGCACGGGUUCUCAGCUUCCCAUGCCAACGUCUGUUCGACUCCCAGCCCAUAGAAUAUAAGCGCGAUACAUUGCGUAGGCAUCGUGGCAUCCCUGCUGUCGUCAUCGAGCCUUUCGCCCCGAAUGGCUGGGAAAGAUACGCUGAUGCUGCAGCUUGCGUGAAACGCUUCGGCCACAGCUUGCCAGGAAAGGCAGCGUACAAGUACUUCGGUUUCGAUACUCCGGCGCUGGUGAAGAAGGUGGAGGGAUACCUACAACAGGUACGCGACGAUCCGCUUCUGUGCGGGGAAUUUGUAGACUUGUGA